AUGGCGUCGCCUUUAUUAACCAGGGCACCAUGCCUGGCCUGCCUCAGGAGGAUAACACAGGCUAGCAGCACACCUGUCACCCCGUUCCUCAGGCAAGUAAGAGGGAAGAAGAGCAUCCGGACAAAGGAUGCCGGCGUCAUCGUGCGACUGCUGGUCGACAUGAAGGGAUUUGGCAAGGAAGGUGCCAUAUUCCGAACCGAACGAGGCAGGAUGCGCAAUCUUUGGUACCCCACGAAGAAGGCCGAGUUCAUGACAGCCUCCCGCUUCAAGGAGCUCGGCUUGAGCAAGAACGAUGUCGGCGAGCGCGAUCCCAUGUUCGGCAUGCAGAUUGAAUUCGAAGAGGAGGUUGUGCAGGAUGCGGUCGAGGCGGUUGCGGGCCUCCCUCGCGGCGCUGUCGCCCUCGGCGCAGGGGCCGGGCAACCCGCUCUCGAGACACCCAACACACCUGCUGUAGAGAUUGAGCACAUCGCUCCCAAUCGUGCUCUUGAGCUUCUCACCACUAUGAUCCCCGAGACCAUCGUCUUCGAACGGCACCUCAAACACCUCCCCGCGACCGGAGCUGGCAGCACACCCAAGUCCACGCCUACCGACGAGACAGAGCAGCAUAAGGUCCUCUCGCCGCUCGAAAGGCGCAGGGCCAAGAUGCUCGAGGCCCAGAAGCCUGCCGAGCCAGAAAAGACGCUCGAGGAGGUCGAGGCGGAGCGCAAGGCCCAGGAGGAGGAGCUGGAGAGGGAGCGCAAGCGCGCUGAGGACGAGGCCGAGAGGCUCAAGGAGAUCCACGGCUCAGUGUCGGUCCGCGACAUCGCGAGCUUCAUCAAGGAGAAGAUGCUGCUGGAUCUGGAGGCAUCGAGGAUCCACGUCCAGCCCGAGGAGAUAAAGUUCCUGGGGCUCGCGGACGGCGCGGACAAGGUCGAGAAAGUGGGCAGGGUCGACAUCGAGAUCCGGACACAUGUCGGCAAGGACAGGGUCGAGCCGGUCAGGAAGUCGGUUGAGGUGGUUGCGGCUUGA